AUGAAGGCUUUUAUGCGAGCUAGUAUUGGCAACGAUGAUAUCGCAGACUACUUGACGCCAGAGUUUGGACUCAGAUGUCGUAGGCUCUCACCUAGCAAUGAAUACAUGGAAGGUUUCACCAAAGGAAAUGCGCAGCUUGUCAAGUCCUCUGUCACUAGAUUCACAAAGACGGUCUCCUACAGUGUUUGGAUGAACCAGUGGUCCAAAGAUGGGUCGUUUGUCAUAAAGAGACUUGGUAACGGGAAAAUCGUCAAGUCAAUCAAAGGUAGAACUGGUAAGAGCGGCAACCAGAUUGCUCAGCCGGCAAGCUUCUCCGAAAGCUGGUUUCAAGUGUAA